GACCCGCUGCCCACCGCACGGCCAGCCCAUCGCACUUUGCCCAUCGCCCUUCGCCUGUCGCUUGUCAAGCUCUAAUGCUGCCCAGAGCUGCAGAGCAGGUGCCCUGGUUCAUCCCUGCCGAUGCCAUCACCGACCUAUCCCAGGAUCCGAUCGCUCGCGGCGGAUUUGGCGAGGUCUUCCGAGGCUCGUACUUUGGCUCGGACGUUGCCGUCAAGCGCCUUCUCGGUGGCUUCAAUGGCGGCGAGCUCCAGGAGUUCCAGCGCGAGAUUGGUGUCUGGUAUGGCCUGAGCCAUCCGCACAUCAUCCCGCUGCUCGGCGCCUGUCAUACGGCCGAUCGGCCCUUCAUGGUCUCGCCGUUCAUGGAAAACGGCACCCUCCGCAGCUACCUUACGGACAAUGCUGGCCGCCUCGAAGUCGAAGAGAAGCUCAGGUUGAUGUAUCAGGUGGCUUCCGGCAUGACCUUCCUUCACCAGCGCAGCAUCGUCCAUGGUGACCUCAAGACCCUGAAUGUUCUUCUCGACAAGGGCUACAACGCCGUCAUCUCGGACUUUGGCAUGUCCCGCACCAAGCAUACGUCCUCCUCGAUGAUCCGGCUCCAACCAGGCGAAAGUGCUGGAGGCACAAUCGACUACAUUGCGCCCGAGAUGCUCGACGAGGACGAGCCCGCGGGCUCCUCAAAGAAGACCGACGUGUACGCCUUUGGUAUCACUCUCUAUGAGGUUAUGAACGACUGUGAAUGUGUUUGGGUGUCCGCCGACGGCCAACCCCUGCGACCCCGUGCCAUCGAGUCUCUGAUUUGCCGAGGCGCUCGGCCCAAAAAGUUGGACAGUAUCCCGCCUCAGAUUAGGGAUUUGAUCCAGAGUUGCUGGCACCAAGAGCCCCGCGAGCGCCCCAAGUUCGAGGAGAUUCUGCGCCAACUGACCCCAUACCGAAUCAAUGCUCGCCCUGUCGACCGUGAUGGCGGCCGGGCAUCCGAGCGAUCCCGUGGUUCCCGUGAAACCAGAAACUUCUCAACACGCCCCAGGCGCGACCGUGACGAAGACCCUAGCGUCAUCAGCGUUCGUCCCAGACCCGAUGGCAAUUCAAACUGGUCGGUAGUAGACCCCAACCUCGACCUGGCCCGGCCUCCCAAGCAAAUUGCAGACGAACUCGAUGCCAUCCCUGGCAUCUCUCGGCAGGUUCGGCAGCGCGCCAAGCGAGGCGACCCUGACUCCUGCUUGCAGAUCGCCAACACCAUCACGGCAGACACCCCCGGAGCCGAUCCCACAUGGGAUACUGCCGCCGUACUGAUCCAAGUCGCUGCCGACAACGAGCACAUCGACGCCUUUUUCCCACUUGGGUGGUUGUAUCUUGCUGGCGUCGGCUUCGGUCAAAACGACACUGAUGCGAUCACGUACUGGCGGGAUUUUGAGACCCGUUCCGUGGAUGUUGGCCUGAAGUCCAUCACCACUCUGAUGCUGGGCUGGCUCACCUAUCUUGGACGAGGUACCGCCAAGGACAAGCAGAAAGGCAUCAACCUCAUCCGUCAAAGCAAGACGGCCGACUUUCCGCUGGGCGAGGCCUGCAUGAACACCCGCGCCCCAGCUUCCUCCAACUCGGCUGUGGCAACCAAGUACUUUGAGAUGUGCAAGCUUGGGUCCGAGCGGGAUUGGCUGUGCCGGCAUCUCAUGGCCAUGUGCUAUCUCGGCGGCUUUGGCACCACCAAGAACCAACCCCUGGCAAUCGACAUCCUGACCGAACUCGCGCAGCAGGGACAUGAUGUCAGCCAGCACUGCCUGGGUCGGUGCUACGGCAUCGGACUCGAGUUCCUCGCCGAAGACAAGGCCAAGCUGCUCGAAUGGUGCACCAAGGCCGCGGAUCAAGACAAUUCAUAUGCCCAAAACAUGAUGGGACGGAUCUAUACCGAGGGCUGGACUGUCGCCAAAGACCUUGCCAAAGCCGCCGAGUGGUACCGCAAGGCCAGCGACCAGGGAUGCUCUACUGCCCAGUUCAACCUCGCCAACUGCUACGAGCGUGGCAUGGGCGUCGCAAAGGACAUACCAACUGCCAUCAACCUGUACCGAUUGGCUGCUGACCAGGGCGAGUCUGAUGCUGCGGACAAGAUCAGCCAGCUGACCCGGAGGGGUAUAAUUCGCUAGCCCUCGUCCUCGCUGAUGACCCGCUGCGUGCGGAAUGUAGCCAUCGGUCGUUCCCACCGCUGAGUGGAAAUAAAUUCAUGUUUCCGUCCCA